AUGCCAAUGCUCAAGGAAGGAUUGAAGAAGCUGUACUUCCCCUCGACAGUACUCAAACUCGUUCGCAAUGGACCCAACAUCCCCGCCGUCUCCAACACUCUUACCUUCCGAGUCCCUCCCUCGAUGAACAAGUUUGAUAUCAAGUCUUAUCUCUCCAAUAUCUAUAAGCUCAACGUACUCACCGUCCGCACCGCCAACAUGCCCGCAAAACUCGCGGGUUCCGGAGGAAACACGAUUUUGAAGCGCCAAAAGUUCAAGAAGGCGGUUGUCACAAUCGAUCAAGAAUUUAAAUGGCCAGAUGCUCCCGAUAGCGCCGCUUUCGGAAUCCAGGAUGCUGUCAAUGAGCGAUCAAGGAUGUUGAACCGUCUCAAGGGCUGGAGGAUGAGGCCUAGCCACAGCGUUCAGGCGGCCAAGAAGGCUGGUGAGGCUGAGGCUAGCACUGGCACGGACGUCAAGGCAUGA